AAAAAAAAGGCUGAAGGUAACUCAAGCUUAUUCGGAGCUUUUCUGGUGAUCAGUGGGUGUUGAUCCUGACAGAUGAACUGAUAAGUUAAAUGAGUGAAAUGAAAUAAAUUAAAGGAGUGGAGCAGAAUACUUUUCUUGUUGAUUUCUAGAGGACAAAAAAGUUUAUUUUCCUCCCUGGCGGUCUUUUUCUCCGCUAACAGCGGUCCAUUGGUAGGGACCUAAACCUGAAACCAGCUGUGUGAAUCAGAAUCAAGCUGUCACGCGCAUUAAAAUGUAUUCAUGCUCUAACUGGCAUUGGCCCAGGUUAUAAGAUGCGGUGUGUUUCUGUCAGGAUUCAGCGGGAGACAAGAGACUCCCCUGUACCCAGCUGUGUGUCCCUGAAGAGUGAUCGCUCUAAAGGUUCCCCUCUUAACUUCAGAGAUGGACGCCACUCGUUUGAAAGAAGGUUUUCGCGUGAGAAACCAGACUCCCCUGUACCCAGCGUCCUCUCCAUGAAGAGUGACUGGUCAUUAGGUCACCCAGUUAACUUCAGAGACGGAGUUGACCAGGAGAGGUCAGAGAUCCCCAGUGGUCAGUCUGUCCAGGAGCGUCAGACAGACCCGGAUACCAUAUUUACGGGUCUUGAAGAGAACAUUGUCGCUUUUGUGAAGAGAGAGCUGAAGAGGCUCCUGAAGGUUUUAGAUCCAGGUUACUCAGACAGCUCGGAGAGGCAGAGGGAGGACGAGGAGGUGUUGGACGGUGAGGACGAGGAGCAGAGGAGGAGCAGCAGAGAGGCAUUUCUGAAGAUCACACUGAACUUCCUGAGGAGAAUGAGGCAGGGGGAGCUGGCUGACUCUCUGCAGAGCAAAAUGGUUGCUCCACCAUGCCAGAGAAAACUGAAAUCUUCCUUGAAGGAGAAGUUCCAGUGUGUGUUCGAGGGGGUCUCUAAAGCAGGAAACCCAGCUCUUCUGAAUCAGAUCUACACGGAGCUCUACGUCACAGAGGGAGGGACUGGAGGGGUCAAUGAAGAACAUGAGGUCAGGCAGAUUGAAACGGCAUCCAGGAAACCAGCCAGACCGGAGACAACAAUCAGACAGGAAGACUUCUUUAAACCCUUACCUGGAAGAAGUCGACCAAUCAGAACAGUGGUGACGAAGGGAGUGGCCGGCAUUGGGAAAACAGUCCUAACACAGAAGUUCACUCUGGACUGGGCUGAAGGCAAAGCCAACCAGGACAUACAGUUCACGUUUCCGUUCACCUUCAGAGAGCUGAAUGUGCUGAAAGAGAAAAAGUUCAGCUUGGUGGAACUGGUUCAUCACUUCUUCAUUGAAACCAAAGAAGCGGGAAUCCGCAGGUUUGACGCGUUCCAGGUUGCGUUCAUCUUUGACGGUCUGGACGAGUGUCGACUUCCUCUGGACUUCCACAACGCCGAGAUCCUGACUGAUGUCACAGAGCCCACCUCAGUGGACGUGCUGCUGACGAACCUCAUCAGGGGGAGACUGCUUCCCUCCGCUCGCAUCUGGAUAACCACACGACCUGCAGCGGCCAAUCAGAUCCCUCCCGAGUGUGUCGACAUGGUGACAGAGGUCAGAGGGUUCACUGACCCACAGAAGGUGGAGUACUUCAGGAAGAGAUUCAGAGAUGAGGAGCAGGCCAGCAGGAUCAUCUCCCACAUCAAGACAUCCCGAAGCCUCCACAUCAUGUGCCACAUCCCGGUCUUCUGCUGGAUCACCGCUACAGUUCUGGAGGAUGUGUUGAAAACCCGGGAGGGAGGAGGGCUGCCCAAGACCCUGACUGAGAUGUACAUCCACUUCCUGGUGGUUCAGCUAAAACUGAAGAAAGUCAAGUAUAAUGAAGGAGCGCAGACAGAUCCACACUGGAGUCCAGAGAGCAGGGAGAUGAUUGAGUCUCUGGGAAAACUGGCUUUUGAGCAGCUGCAGAAAGGAAACCUGAUCUUCUACGAACCGGACCUGACAGGGUGUGGCAUCGAUAUCAGAGCAGCCUCAGUUUACUCAGGAGUGUUCACACAGAUCUUCAAAGAGGAGAGAGGGCUGUACCAGGACAAUGUCUUCUGCUUCGUCCAUCUGAGUGUUCAGGAGUUUCUGGCUGCUCUUCAUGUCCAUCUGACCUUCAUCAACUCUGGAGUCAAUCUGCUGUCAGACAAGAAAUCGACCUCCCAGACGUCUGAAACAUUAACAAGCAAAUCCGAAUUCUUCUACCAAAGCGCUGUGGACAAGGCCCUACGGAGUCCAAAUGGACACCUGGACUUGUUCCUCCGCUUCUUCCUGGGUUUUUCGCAGCAGACCAAUCAGACUCUCCUACGAGGCCUGCUGCCACAGACAGGAAGUGGCUCACUGACCAAUCAGGAAACCGUCCAGUACAUCAAGAAGAAGAUCGAAGAGACUCCUUCUGCAGAGAAAAGCAUCAAUCUGUUCCACUGUCUGAAUGAACUGAAUGAUGGUUUUCUAGUGACGAAGAUCCAGCAGUCCCUGAGUUCAGGAAGUCUCUCCACAGAUGAACUCUCUCCUGCUCAAUGGUCAGCUCUGGGCUUCAUCUUACUGUCGUCAGAAAAAGAUCUGGACGUGUUUGACCUGAAGAAAUACUCUGCUUCAGAGGAGGCUCUUCUGAGGCUGCUGCCAGUGGUCAAGGCCUCCAACAAAGCUCUGCUGAGCGGCUGUAACCUCACAGGGAGAAGCUGUGAAGCUCUGGCCUCAGUCCUCAGCUCCCAGUCCUGUAGUCUGAGAGAGCUGGACCUGAGUAACAACGACCUGCAGGAUUCAGGAGUGAAGCUGCUUUCUGCUGGACUGGAGAGUCCACACUGCAAAGUAGAAACUCUCAGGCUGUCAGGCUGUCUGGUCACAGACGAAGGCUGUGCUUCUCUGGCCUCAGCUCUGAGCUCCAACCCCUCCCAUCUGAGAGAGCUGGACCUGAGCUACAAUCAUCCAGGAGGCUCGGGACUGAAGCUGCUGUCUGCCGGACUGGAGGAUCCACGCUGGAGACUGGACACCCUAAGAGUGGACCACGGUGGAGCCCGGAGGUUGAAGCCAGGUCUGAGGAAGUAUGCCUGUGAACUCACAUUCGACCCAAACACAGCACACAGAAACCUCCGGCUGUCCGACGGUAACAGAAAGGUGGAAACGGUGAAAGAGCAGCAGCCCUAUCCCGGUCAUCCCGGGAGAUUCGACGACUGCCUUCAGCUGCUGUGUAGAGAUGCUCUCACUGGACGCCGUUACUGGGAGGCUGAGUGGAAGGGAAUGGUUUGUAUAGGAGUGACCUACAGAGCGAUCGGCAGGAAGGGAGACGGGGCUGACUGCUUACUUGGAGGGAAUGAUCAGUCCUGGAGUCUGUACUGCUCUGGGAAAACUUACUCUGUCCAUCACAACACCGAGAGAAUUGACAUACGUUCCCCAUCGUGCUUCUCCGACAGGGUGGCAGUGUAUGUGGACUGGCCCUCGGGCACUGUGUCCUUCUACAGCGUCUCCCGGGACACGCGGACCCAUCUGCACACCUUCCACACCACGUUCACUGAACCCGUGUACCCGGCAUUUAGGGUUGGGUUUCAUUUGAGGUUAUUUGGUUCUUCGGUCUCUCUGGGUGAGCUGCGGGAGAGAGACCCGCCCCCCCGGUCGAAGAAACAUUGAGACCCGGGGCGAAAGAUGAAUCUGGAGACACACGUGACAAAUCAUUUUACCAAACAGGAGGGAAACAGUGCGUUUGUUGGGCGCUGUUGUACAUCAGCGGAUUAAUCCACAUUUGGUGCUGUAGUGAGCAUUUGGGGCAUCAGGACGGUGUGUGUGUGUGACUCCAGUGAAACUACAGUGUGUGUGUGUGUUCGUGUUCAUGGUGAUGGAGGAACAUGUCACCCAGUGCAAGAGUGUGGCUGAAUGAUGGGUUUUUAAUAGUUUCUAGAAACAGUGGAGCUCUAUGGCUGAGAGGAACCGGAUACAUCAGACUGUGAUACACACACACACACACACACACACACACACACACACACACACACAGUACUCGUUAAUAGGAGACAUUGAGUGUCGGUUGACUUAUUCUUUAAGGUAAAUAUAAAAACACUUAUGUCAGUGGAUGGUUUCUCUUCUAUAAACUAGAAUGUGAAGGCUUUUGUGACGAUAGCGGAGCUCUACUGACAUACUGGCUCCUGCGUUUAUGUUUUCUGAACCAACCGUCUGCCAACGUUCGUAACGUGUGUGUGACUCGUAGGAGUGCCUGUUGUAACAGGUGAGCCUGUUUUUAACUCUGGCCCGAGCCUCGCCCUGGCCUGACGCGGGCCAUCCAGCUCUACUUCUGCUACGGUUGAACUUUUGUCUGUGAUCUUUGUUUAAAGAGACAACAGAACUGUAGAACCAAUGUUGCCAAAUCAAUGACUAAUGCUGAAUUUCAGGUUUGUAAAUAAAAAAGGGCUACGCCUGCAUAAGAUCUGUGUGGAGGUCUGAGUCUUUGUCGCAGGUAUUUGGUUUAGAUUUAAAUUUGCAGGAGAAAGUAAUAAAAUUUGCACAAAAAAAGUUAUAAAUCAAACUAUUAAAUAAAAUCCUUGUUUGA